UGUCCGUUUCAAGAGCGUGUGACAUGGAUGUUGUGAACAAAUAUAUUGUUAAAUUGUAAUUUACCGUAAGUUAAAGGAAAAUUACUCUCGAUUUGUCUCAGUCUUUGUUGGCCCUUUAAUAAGAUGAGAACGGGUGUAUUCUUUAGAGAGAAAGGUUAGAGAGACAAGAGAUAUUCAUUAAAGGAAACAUUACCUUCAUCAUACAUCCUUCAAAGCAGAAGUCACUUAUAGGAUCCCAGUUGAGUCCUGUGGUCAGGGAGACCAUAUUACAAGUGCAAGUAGCAGGUGCAACGGGACAUUCUAGGACAGGUCCUGAAGAACCUAGGAUCAAAAAGGGAAGCCAUAAAUACAUGUGCAAGAAGCAGGUGCAACGGGACAUUCUAGGACAGGUCCUGGAGAACCUAAGAGCAAAAAGGGAAACCAUAUUGCAUGUGCAAGUAGCAGGUGCAACGGGACAUUCUAGGACAGGUCCCGGAGAACCUAAGAGCAAAAAGGGAAGCCAUAAUUACAUGUGCAAGAAGCGAGUGCUACGAGACAUUCUAGAACAGGUCCUGGAGAACCUAAGAACAAAGAGGGAAACCAUAUUACAUGUGAAAGAAGCAAGUGCUACUAGACAUUCUAGAAUAGGUCCUGGAGAACCUAAGAGCAAAAAGGGAAGCCAUAUUACAUGUGAAAGAAGCAAGUGCUACGAGACAGUCUAGGACAAGUCCUGGAGAACCUAAGAGCAAAAAGGGAAGUCAUAUUACAUGUGCAAGUAGCAGGUGCUACGAGACAUUCUAGGACAGGUCCUGGAGAACCUAAGAGCAAAAGGGGAAACCAUAUAACAUGUGCAAGAAGCAGGUACAACGGGGCCACAUUCAAGGACAUGUCCUGGGGAACCUAAAGCCGUAAUAAAUAAUAUAGUACACUAUGCACAUUCUUGUGUUGUAUUCCAGGCAUGUUUUUAAGGAAUGGAGUUACGUUAAAGGUCUAGCUAGAUACGAUUAAUAUGGAUUUGAGCUAACGAUGCUUUUAACGUCUUAACAAUAUAAAACUCACGAUAUAUGUAAAUAAAAUUCC